CGACCGCUUCUACCUCGACUCUACAACACACGUUCACAUUAUACACCAUGGCGUCAAGAAAGAAGGUCCUCCUCAAGGUCAUCAUCCUCGGAGACAGUGGGGUAGGCAAAACAAGCUUAAUGAACCAAUAUGUCAACAAGAAGUUCAGUGCCAGCUACAAGGCAACAAUAGGCGCCGACUUCCUCACCAAGGAAGUGCUGGUCGACGAUCGGCUCGUCACGAUGCAGCUGUGGGACACUGCUGGACAAGAGCGCUUCCAAUCGCUCGGCGUGGCCUUCUACCGCGGUGCGGACUGCUGCGUGCUCGUAUACGAUGUCAACAACUCCAAGAGCUUCGACACGUUAGACAGUUGGCGUGACGAGUUCCUGGUCCAGGCCAGCCCAAUGGAUCCGGAGAGUUUCCCAUUUGUUGUCAUUGGUAACAAGAUCGAUGUCGAGGAGAGCAAACGAAUGAUCUCGUCGAAGCGCGCCAUGACCUUCUGUCAGUCCAAGGGUGGCAUCCCAUACUUUGAGACGAGCGCAAAGGAGGCCAUCAAUGUUGAGCAGGCCUUUGAAGUCAUCGCACGGCAAGCACUGGCGCAAGAAGACGUCGCCGACUUCAACAACGACUUCCCCGAGACGAUUCCCAUCGACCUCAAGGGCAACGAGGGCGGAUGCGCAUGCUAGUUCAGGGCAUCACGCAAGAAGCGUCGUCUACGAUAAUCGCCUAGUAUCUCUCGCAUAUUGGUUUCAAUGGAGUUUGCCAGGUGUUUGGGGUAUUUUGUUUCACAUGACAGGAAGCCUCUUCUGCCUGUAUUCUAUCGCAUGUCCUUGCAACAUAGAUAAUUGCCUACCUACAUAGUUGCCUACAAGAACAGUACACAUAUAUCCUGAA